AUGGGUGAAUACAACAACGAAGGAAUUGUAGUAGCAGGUGGAAAUGAAGAAGGCAAUAGACUCAAUCAACUCAAUCAUCCUACUUUUAUCUUUGUUGAUGAAGAACAAUCUGUUUAUGUAUCAGACCAAGACAAUCAUCGUGUAAUGAAAUGGAGAAAAGAUGCAAAAGAAGGAAAAGUUGUGGCUGGAGGAAAUGGUAAAGGAGGAAAUCUCAAUCAGUUGUCGUCACCUGCAGGAAUAAUUGUUGAUGAUUUGGGUCAAAUCUAUGUAGCAGAUUGGGGGAAUCAUCGAGUAAUGCGUUGGUGUGAACGAGAAGAAGAAGAUGAAGUUGUUGUUGGUGGAAAUGGUGAAGGAAAUGAAUCAAAUCAAUUUGAUCAGCCCCGUGGUUUAUCUUUUGAUGAUGAAGGAAAUCUUUAUGUUGUUGAUUCUCGAAAUGAUCGAGUUCAAAAAUUUGAAAUAAUAUUGUAA